CAAGACAAAUAAAUAAAUACUAUAAAAUCAAGCAAAAUGAAUUUCAACUUUAUCAAAUCGAAAAUUCUAUCAUCAUCUUGCACUUACCCCACCAAAUUUAUUUGGACAUUAAUCAGUGAAGGCAAUGGUGCCCACCUAGUAAAGCGAACGACGCUUGCUAAAAAUUUUAGUGCUCUUUCAUCAUCAAGAUGUCCAAACCAAUUCGUCCAUCAAUCAAAUGCAAUACAAAAUGUGAAAGUUUUUCGCCAGAUAAUAACCAAUGAUAAUAGUAGAAGACGAUGGUUCAAAACAUCUGCAUCCCGAGAAGCUAUUCCUCCCAUUAUUUUGGUCGUACUGUCGCGAGUCGGGAAACUCGGAGCAAUGUUCCUGGGUCGUACUUUUAGAAUUUGGUGGCGUAAACUCCCACCAGAAGAGAGGUCCAAAUAUACUCAGAAAGUUGGAAAAAAUCGUUACUUAUUGUCCAGCAUUCUUGGUGCUUUAGCGUUUGGGUCAUUCGUUUACUACGAGAGUCAUGUUUAUGAAACUCCCUUCACGAAAAGGAAACGCUUUCUCGCCUUUAACGACGAACAAUUUAAUGAAAUGUCGAAAUAUGAGCUUGAACUUAUGCUUCAGCUAUACAAAGACAAGGUCGUGCCAGCUACCUUGAAGCUUGCGUCAUAUCGAAGAGUAGUUCAAGUCGCCCAAAGAUUACUUAAAGCCAACCAAGAUCUGCCUCAGAUACGAGACAAAGAAUGGAGCAUAACGGUCGUGGAUGAAGAUCAUCAAGCAAACGCCUUUGUUUUACCUUGCGGAAGUAUAUUUGUAUUUACUGGCCUUUUAAAAUUAUGCGAAUCUGACGAUGAACUUGGAAUUAUACUAGGUCAUGAAAUGGCUCACGCCGUAAUGGGUCAUGGGGCAGAGAAAGCGAGUUUUCUUCAUUUCCUGGAUAUGCUUAUGGUUAUCCCUCUUGCUGCUUUGUGGGCACUCCUGCCAACAGAUUUUAUUGCUGGCUUUAGCCACUUUAUAACUUCCACAGUCACAACACUGGUCAUGGAACUACCACACAGCCGAUUUAUUGAACAUGAAGCAGACCAAGUGGGACUUAUUCUCGCUGCAAAGGCGUGUUUCGAUGUCCGUCAUUGUCUAAUGUUGUGGGAGAAAAUGUCGCUAAUUGGGACGAUUCAUGGGCAUGGCAUGGAAGAACUUCAACUAGAAUGGUUAUCCACCCAUCCAAGUCAUGAUAAGAGACAAGCUCAACUGGAAGAAUUGCUCCCAUCAGCUCUAGGGGUCCGGGAAAAGUGCUCUUGCCCAAGAUUGCCGUUCUACGACCCAAAAUCAGAAAUACUAAGAUAUGAACAGAAACUCAAGGAACACAAAAAACAUCCACAUGAAGGGCUAUUGAUGCCUGUAAAAAUUCAUUAAUCAUCCAAAGAAAUCUACAUUUAUAAAUUAGUGUUUAAAGCUUUAAUAAAAGCAAGAUACUUAUAUUAAUACGUAUAAUAAAAUGAUUAUAAAUAUUUCAAAUUA